AUGUGGCAGUUGGCACUGGCACUUGGCCUAAUCCAGCAGCUCAGCCUGGCCAUCGUUGUGGAGCGCAACAUGUUCGCCUACUACAAGGUGCCGGCUGCCCAGCUGCUCUACGCCCAGGAGUCCCACUCCGACUCCGACUCCAGCUUCGACAUCGAUGCAGACUUCACCUCCAGGGAGCUUAUCAACCACGAAGCCAGAGAUCUCUACUAUGUGCUACAGUGCCCGCCAAAGCUGGAAGAUGCGAUCCCAAAGCCGCGGGACAUGCAAACCUGCAGCGUGGUGGACGAGUAUCGAGGCAUGUUUCAUAAAAAGCCGCCGAAGCCCAAAAAGCGCCUGCACAUGGUUCCGUUUCGGAUCGUGCUGCGUCCCCUGGGACCACCGGCCAUGAGGCGCAACCUGAAACGUCGCAAACGUCAGCAUAAGGGCGUUCCGAAAGCUCCCAGCGACAGGAUGGUAACUGCUGAGCAGGAGGACGAGGUGGAGGCCUCUAGUCCGCUGCAGCAUCUGGGACGCCCCCAUGCCCGCCAAAAGCUACUGAAGCUGGCAGCCGACCAUAGCCAGUUUAAGCGCGGAAACAGCUCCAAGGGCUACCAGCAUAUGUACCAUCGGGACGAGACCUACAACGACCACAUUUUCUACGACGAGCUCCAUGCCGACGGAGAGUUCCACAACUAUGGAAAAGAGAAAUCCAAAUAA